AUGAAGAUGAAGUUGGCUAUCGUUCAAUUCUUCAUGAUCUCUCUUCUACUCUCAUCUUCUUUGUUUAUGCUUUCAAAGGCAGAUUCAUCCCCAUGCAAUGGAAAAUGCAACGUGAGAUGUUCAAAGGCAGGGAGACAAGAUCGGUGUCUCCAGUAUUGCAAUAUAUGUUGCGAGAAGUGUGAUGAUCAUUGUGUUCCUUCAGGAACUUAUGGAAACAGAGAUGAGUGUCCUUGUUACCGCGAUAUGAAGAACUCCAAAGGCCAACCCAAAUGUCCUUGAAACAUGUCUUGAAGAUCAUCCUCUCAUAGACAUCAUAUCUUUAU